UGGUGUGAAGGCGGUGAUUCGGAGAUGGGAACGGCUGUGAUGAAGACACACAUCGGAAAUAAUCAUGGUUGUAUUAUCGAGUAAGUACGCUGUGCCAUGGAGAAAGCAACAGGUGGAAGCCAGAGCAUCGACAGAAGCCUGGAUACCCCUGAAAAGUUCGACAACCAGGACUAUCAGCAGCUCAAGCAGUCCUGUCUGAGCAAGAGGAUGCGCUACAUCGACGACAAGUUUCCCCCAGACACGAGAUCCAUCGGAGACGGAAUCCUGAAGUCUUCAGACAUGAAUAAAGUGGUGUGGGUCAGACCACAUAAAAUUGUUCCAAAUCCAUCUUUUGUUGUUGAUGGAAUCACCAGGUUUGACUUUGGCCAAGGCAUAGUGGGGAAUUGUUGGUUUUUGGCGUCCAUUGGAGCUGUGACAUUGCAAGAGCCCAUCCUGGCUCAGAUUAUCCCAAAGGACCAGACGUUUGAUGAGGACUACUGUGGUUUGUUCCACUUUAGGUUUUGGAGAUUUGGCCGGUGGGUGGAUGUUGUUAUUGAUGACAAACUCCCCACAAUCAAAGGCAGACUCAUCUUUGUCCACUCAAAAGACCCUGAAGAGUUCUGGCCUGCUUUGUUGGAAAAAGCCUAUGCUAAAGUAUGCGGCUCUUACUCAGACAUGAAUGCAGGGACCCCGGUUGAGGCUCUGGUGGACUUCACUGGUGGAGUUCACGUGUGUGUGGAGCUGUCCAGUCCUCCUCCAAACCUAUGGGAGCUCAUGAGCCACGCGAGACAGUCUCAGUCUCUGAUGGCAUGUGCCAUUCCACCAGGGGCAACAUCUGAGAAUACAGUCCUCCCAAAUGGACUGGUGAAUGGCCAUGCCUAUGCGGUAACAGGGGUCAAAGAGAUAAAGAUCCGGGGGCAGCUUGUUAAGCUGGUACGUUUGUGGAACCCAUGGGGCAAAGGAGAAUGGAAAGGAGACUGGAGUGAUAAGUCACGUUUCUGGCAAAUGGUGAGCCCCCAAGACCGUGCCACAUGCCUUGAUGUAAUUGAUGAUGGAGAGUUUUGGAUGACUUUGGAGGACUUCUGUAAGUUCUACUCAGACCUGAACAUCUGCUGCCUGUGUCCUGACUUCCUGGAUGGAAGCUCCACUUGUCACUGGAAAACCUCCUUCUAUGAGGGCCGAUGGGUGGCAGGCUCCACUGCAGGAGGGUGCUUGAACAACAGCGAUAGUUUCUGGAAAAAUCCACAGUAUCGUGUGAAGAUUGACAAGCUGUUGGACAAAUGUGCUGUAAACCAAGGAGAAAAUAAUAUGCUGGUAUCACUCAUGCAAAAACCUAAUAAGAGGAACAGGCGACAAGUAAAAAACCUGUACAUUGGAUUCUCCAUUUUUGCAGUGCCUGAUGCAGGAGUGGAAAAGUUUCCAGCUUCUUUCUUCAUUACAAACAGACCAGUGGCUCAAACCAACAAAUACGUAAAUGCUCGAGAGGUGAUGAAGCUUGUGAUGCUAAUGCCUGGGGAGUACCUCAUCGUACCAUCCACAUAUAAACCUGAUGAGACUGCUUCUUUUCUGCUGACUAUUGUCUCCAAGGCUGAGACCCAUACAAAAUAAUACAAAAUAGUACUCUAAUUUUUCGUUGUCAACUAUGAUAAAAUUGGUAAA